CUCCCGUGCACGGCAUGAACAACGACGCAUUCCGCAAACUGGUGGCCAGCACUCCCGCGCGACAGGACGAUGGCGCCACCCCCGCCAGGCCAGGCGCGCUGGGCACGAAGAAGAGCUCGUUUGUGCCCAUGACGCCGAGGCCUGGAAAGGCAACAGGCAGUGAUGAUUUUGCACGGCAGGUCCGGGAGCAGCAUGCGCAGAUGAGGCCGCCCAAGAAGUACAAGUCUUCCGCGCCAAAGGGAAGCAAAUUUGGAUCGGGAUACGUGGAUAGGGCCAAAGCGAGACAGGCUGGCGAAGAAGAUCAGGACGACAGGGCGGAGCGGAUCAAGGCUCUGGAAGAACAGGCUAAGCUGGGUCAAAUCCCGUGGGAGACGUUUGAGGCUUUACGCGAUAAGAUUACUGGUGGUGAUGUGUCGAGCACGCACUUGGUCAAGGGUCUGGAUAGGCAACUGCUGGAGCGUGUGAGGCGCGGUGAGGAUGUGCUGGGAUUGGGCAAGAAAGACGAGGAAGAAACUGUGCAGGAGGUAGAUGUGGACGACGAACUGGAGAAGCUAGGAGAGCAGGAAGUUGCGACAAUUCAGAAGACACAGACUGAGAAGAAGGGGACGAAGGCCGUCGGACCCAUAGCAGGGAAGAAGCGGACACGAGACGAGCUGCUUGCUGAGCUGAAAGCACAGCGAAAAGCUGCAGCCGAAGCGAAGGCCGCCAAUGCACCGAAGCUGGACGGCAGAUGGAAGAAAAUUGGUGAUCAGUCUCAGCCGAAGGUAGAGUUUGACCACAAAGGGAGGGAGGUGGUAACAGUCGUACAAGAAGAUGGGACAGUCAAAAAGAUGGUCAAAAAGGCAGCGUCUGCUGCAAUCGAGAGCAAAGCUACGAUUGACAUGCCCGAUCUCAGUCAGCCAGUGCUGGGUGCAGAUGUCGCCAUUCCUGAGCAGAAACAACCGGAGCCAGACGAGGACAGCGACGACGAUAUCUUCGCCGGAGCUGGAACGGAUUACAACCCCCUUGGAGACGAGGAGGAUGACGACGACGAUAGUGACAGCGAAGAUGAUGGCAAAGCUAAGCCUUCGAAAAAGCCUGUAGCUCUUGAAAAGCCGAAAGAGGACGAUGAUAGGGACGAGCGGGCAAAGGACAAAUCCCCAUCGGAGCAUGAAGGACCUGUACCUACUACGAAGAGUGCACGCAAUUACUUUGGUGAAGGCACCUCACAGAAUGAUGAAGAUGCUGAAAAGAAUCGAUUCAAGGGUAUCGAAAACGUGCUCAAAAAGGCUGCCAACCUUGCCGCCGAUAAGACUGGAUCUGACGAUGACGAAGACGAUGACCCUGCGACCAGAGAGGAACGCGAAGCGCGAAAAGCAAAGCGUGCGAGGAUGCUGGCACAGCAAGACCGAGAUAUGGACGAUAUGGAUCUUGGAUUCGGAGGCAGUCGUGGUGAGGACGAGGAAGACGGAAUGGAUAGUAAAGUCAAGUUUGCAGAAUGGAAAGGAGGCAAGACAGCUGGCGACGAUGGGUGGGAGGAAGACGACGGAAAGCGUGGCGAGAAGAAGAAGCGUAAGCCAAAGAAGAGAAAGGGCGACGUCAACAAUGCGGCCGACAUUUUCAGAGUCAUCGAAGGACGCAAGGCUAAGGAGAACAAAUGAGCUACACAAUCCAUCCCACGAUAUCGAACAAGUCUGACCUUCGCGCAGGUCAGCCUCCAAAGUACCAUGUUUUCGGCGCACCUCGCAUGAGCACAGUUCUU